AUGGGCCCUGACUCCUGCUGGGAGCAGCUCCGGCCAAGCCCGGCCGCGAUUGACGUCAAGGCCCAGCGUCUCAGAGGAAUGUGCCCGCUCCCCGCGCUUCAGGGUCUGACCCUAACCUUUCCCAGAUGUGCAACUGUUCUUCCUUCCAAACAGGGAGUUUCAACACUGGGCAUUGUGUGCGCUCUUAGCCCUGUUCUGGAGCCAAAACAAAAGUCCCAGUUCCUGCGUUUCAGAACAGGAUUAUGCGCCCGCCGGCCUCUCUCUCUGAGCGGCUGGGCCGUCCUGCUGGAGGCGGUCCCGGGGCCUGGGUCCCUGCUCUGCGCCUUAUCUCGCCCCCAACCUGCCUCCGCCGGCCGCCUCUCUGUGUCUGGCUGCGGAGGCCGGGAGUCCCCGCAGGCGCAGGCGAGGGCCUUUAGGCUUGUGUUCCAGCUCCUCCCUCCUCCCGCCCCUGCCUUUCCGGGCUCCAGGCACGCAGGCUCUUUGCAGCUGAACCAACACUUCACCGUAGUAGGUGCUCGUGGCCCUGUGGCUUCGCCCCCUCUAUUCAGCUUUCUGGAAUGUUCUCUUCCCUUUCCCGUUUUUGACUUGGUGGACAGAGAGGCCUCAUUCAGUUCUGAAGGCAGUGCAGGUUGGAAGCCUUUUCCUGGCCCCUUCUCUCCUAGUUUGAGUCGGCUGCUCUCUGUGAUUCUGCUGCCCCGCUUUAUAUAG